UCCCUGAUCAUUUGUUUUCCGACGCUUGAAGGCAAGAAGAUGUUGCCUCUUAUCGCUUUACUGGUGGUUGGUUCAGUUUCUGGCGUACCUUUUUCCGGGCCAGUCCAUAUCCCGGAGAAACUAACAGGGCCACCAGAUAAUGGAAAUCGUUUUGGAGAAACGCCUUAUGCUCGUUUCUCGCCGAAGCCAGAGAAUGCAAGUCUUGACCUUCGAAAUGAUCUAAUCUUGACUCCAGAGCAACACAAUAUGUUGUUUGAAACAGAUGCCAAUGGGAGGACCAAGAGGAAAGCCUGGAAGGGAGACAAGUUCCGGUGGACUGGCAACACAGUUCCAUACUACUUCAACGGAAACGACUACACCGAUCACCAGAAGAAAGAGAUCCGAGAGGCAAUGGACGUGUUCGAGGCAGAAACCUGUCUCAAGUUCAGACCAGCUACCUCGUCUGAUGUCAACAAGGUGCGCUUCAAACAGGGACAGGGCUGCAAUUCGCAACUUGGAAUGGUUGGUGGAUCACAGGACCUCAAUCUGGACAAUGCCGGAUGCCGUUGGAAAGGUCUGUACUGGCACGAGAUUGGUCACGCCAUCGGGCUAGUGCACGAACAUCAGCUGCCGGAGAGGAACCAAUAUGUCAAGGUCAACUGGGGCAACGUUAACCCAGCUUUCAAUUCCGCGUUCAGCACCUACACAGACUCUGAGCUGGAGAGGUUUGGUAUUCCAUACGAUCUGAGCUCCAUCAUGCAUUAUGAAGUGAAGGCUUUCAGUCAAACUGGCGGACAAACGAUUAUACCACGUGACAGGUCUAAGGAAUCAUGGAUCGGUAAUGUUUGGAUCUCGCAGAUGUCCUUCACUGACGUCAUGAUCAUCAACAGGAUGUAUAAAUGCGCAGCUCACUGCGGGAAUGUGCCAUGCAAAGGCGGCUUUCUCAAUAAGGAAUGUAAAUGUGUUACACCAAAAUCUUACUUCGACUCUCACUGCAUCAAUGAGCACCCCGACGAGGCCAUGUGUUACGAGCGAGCCCAUCAGGGAGACUGUGACGUAGACUAUGGCUUCAUGAACUUCAAGUGCAGGAAGGCCUGUAAUAGAUGUGCCAUGUAUGGAAUGGAGCACCUAAUCAAGGGAAAGCCAGGCGAGUGCUUCAACCAGUAUUUGGAUGAUACCAGAUGUGACGCGUGGGCCCGUGCCGGUGACUGCGACAAAUACCCAUCCUUCAUGAAGAGACAGUGCAAGAAAUCAUGUGGAACUUGUAAUAGUGACUGGGGAAAAUGUGCGAACAUGGAAUUCGACAAGUCUUGCGAUGACUGGGCAGCCCGCGGUGAAUGUGAAAGCAACCCUGAGUGGAUGAAGAACAAAUGUUCUGACUCUUGCAAGACAUGUGGAUACAUAACUAGAGGGGAAUGUGAAAAUGACCACGCAAACGAGAAUGAGUGCUUAAAAUGGUCUCGUGCGGGUCAGUGCUAUGAUGACGAUCUCACAAGGGCCUUCUGGAUGAAGAAGAAUUGUGCCGCCUCUUGCAACUCAUGUGGAUUUGGAAAGGGUAAAUGUGAAAACGAUUUGGACGACUUUGAAUGUGAUAAGAUGGCACAUUUCGGAAAAUGUUCUACAAACCCGAAACACGCACAGAAGAACUGUAAGAAGUCAUGCAACACAUGUGACUACGGAGUGAGAGGUAACUGUAAGAAUCACUACGAGACGGUGUUUGGCGACAAUCGAGCCUGUGAUGGCUAUGCUGAUCAAGGGAGCUGCGACUUCAACACUGGCUACCUCCUCAUCUUCUGCGCCAGAUCCUGUAACAGAUGUCAGCAAGCAAAGGACCUCAUCGCCAACUGCCGUAACUUGCAGCCAGAAGAUAAAUGCAAGAAAUGGGCAGAAAGUGGUGAAUGUGACAGUAACCCGGGCUUCAUGAGAUACAACUGCGCCAAAUCGUGUGACUCGUGUCAUAUUCUCACUAAUGAGAAGAUCUGCGCCGAUACGUCUGGUGUGACAACGUGUAAAUUCUGGCAGGGGAACGGAGAGUGUGAGGAGAGACCUAGGUAUAUGGCGCAAAAGUGCAGAUUGACUUGCGGAAUGUGUGAAAAGGGUGAAAGAGUUGUCAAGGAUCCCGAGCGCCCAAAGUGUAAGAACUUCGCCAAUGACGAUUCGUGCGAGAGCUGGGCGAGAUCGGCCGAGUGUCAGAACAACAAAGUCUGGAUGGAGCACAACUGCCACAGGUCUUGCAACCCCGAGGAGUGUGGCGGCAACAGUGGAACCGUUGGAACUGGUGGAACAGGUUCAAGCUGCGAAGACCAGAAGGACGAAUGUGCGAUGUGGCAGAGCUGGGGCCACUGUGAACUCAACCGAGCAGUGAAGAAGGCGUGUCCAAAGUCAUGCGGCACAUGCUAAACAUCACAACCAGUGAAAGAUUCAUCCCAGGUGCAUUACUUCACCUGUUUGCUGUAGGUUUCAUUAAUAAACAUUGAUAAGUUUA